UUAAAUAUAUUCUGCUAAAGUAAAUGCAAACAAAAAUUGAAAAGUUUAAUCAACCACAUUAUGUGGUGAAUCGUGUCUUCCGCAAUUUAUGCAUGCGGCGUUUACAUUUAUUAAUUCUACAUACGCAAUAAUAAUAAUUAAUGCGAAUGCGAGAGAAAUACAGUCCAGCAGAAAUACAUUCCAACUAUCGCAUUCUCCGGCAAAGAGGCGGAAAUUCCUGAAUUGACUCUCGGGUGUAAUGUGUAACGUCGAGCGUGUAACGAUCAGGACAUGGUUUGUGCCCCCUUCCACAUCAGCACCCAGCCACUAUUCCUUCUCGCGUGCACACACAUACGCAUAUUGGUGCUCCACGCACACCGGUAGGCCAAUUGGAGAGCCAAGUCUUGGCCAAGUCUUUAUAAGUAGGAGCCAUCCGCGUCCUCAGGACUUACUCCCUCUUGGGAUCGUGUCACGAUCGGCAACCGAUUUUCAAUAUAGUUGCUAAAAAGUUUAUAACUUAGACCGGGUCUCUCUUAGAUUUCCACUUGCGUAAAUUAAUACAUCAGUUUCUUGCGGACCACGAAGACUUAGAGGACCUCAGGAAACAGAAAAAUUCACCCGAGACGAACGCGGAUGAGAGAUUAAAGACAACGAAAUUCUUUGCUGAUUGCAUUGAAAUAUAAAAUUGAAUACAAAAGAUGUGGAAAAUCCAAUUGAAUGUGAACAUUUUAAUCACACUGAUUGUAACAAAAUUGAUGAAAGCUGAUUAUAUGUAUCAAGAUCAAUAUCAACAGAGCAAAAUACCUUUUAAAUGCAUAGAAGAAGGUUAUUAUCCUGAUCCAUAUGAUUGUAGAGUUUACUACAGAUGCGUAGAUUGGGGUAACAAGAGCCCGCUAACAACCUUUAAAUUCGAAUGUGGAGUAGGCACUGUCUUCUCAAAAGAUAACGGAAAUAUUUGUACACAUCCAAAUGAUAGUGGUCGGUCUGAAUGUGACGAUUCCGAAAAUGAAAUUGAUUCUAAUGUGCAAAAUAUUCCCUCAUGGACAACUACAGUAAGAACAACUAUUCGACCACAAUCAACCAUUCUACAAUCUUCAAUAACUACUAAAUUAUCUACAAUUAUGACUGAAGCUAUUACAACAACCAGAAAACCGAGCACAACACAAUCAUCGUUAAUAAAUCAACCAAACACUGAUCAAUCAGAAAAUAAUGUUAUUAAUUGUCAAAAUGAAUACCAAUGUACACAAGAAGGAUUUUUUGGUGAUAUAUGCGAUUGUAGAAAAUUCUACAGAUGCGUAGAUGAUAAUUACGGAAAAUUUAAAAAGUAUGAUUUUAUAUGUGGUACAGGAACUUUUUGGGAUCCAAAGAGUCAAGGGUGCAAUCACGCUUGGGCUAUUUCAAAAAAGAACUGCAAGUACAAUUUAGAAAGUGGAAGCGAUAUUAACAAUAACGGACAAUGGAGCGGAGAUAAUACUGGAGAUAAUAGUGGACAAGGGAAUGAUAUUUCGAAUCAAUCUAGUCAACCAGGGAAACCUGAAGAUUCAAAUCAAUUAGAUUCUCUGAACCCAGGUUCUCCAGGAUAUCCAAGUUCUUCAGGAUAUCCAAGUUCUUCAGGAUAUCCAGGUUCUUCAGGAUAUCCAGGUUCUCCAGGAUAUCCAGAGACACCAGAUUCAAAUAGUUCAAGUUUUCCAGAGUAUCCAGGAACAUUAAGUCCUCCAAGCACAUCAGUUCCUUCGGAUAAUCCAAGUUUUUCAGAAUAUCCAGAAAUACCGGAAUAUCCAUCUCCAAUUUCGCCUAAUUUAAGUUCUUCAGGAUAUCCAGAAACAUCAGGAUUUCCAAGUAUUCCAGUUUCGACAGAUAGUCCAGAUUUUCCAAAAUAUCCAGGAACAUUGGAUCCUCCGGCCACAUCAGAUUCUCUGGUAUCAGGCUCUCCAGGAUAUCCAGGAACAAUAGAUUCUGCAAGCCCUUCAGGAAUUUCGGACAAUCCUAUUUCGUCGACUAGUCUAGCUUCUGGAUACCCUGGAGCAACAGGUUCUUCGGAUAGUCCAAAUUCAUUAGGAUAUCCAGAAUCUGCGGGCUCUCUGUCUUCUCCAAAUAAUUUAGGCUCUCCGGGAUAUCCAGAAGUAUCAAGUUCUCCGAGUAGUCCACUCUCUCCUGGGCUUUGUACAUCGGAAGGCUUUUUUGGAGACACAAAAGAUUGCCGCAAAUUUUAUCGAUGUGUUAACAAUGACAUAUCCUUUAUAAAAUAUGAAUUUCAAUGUGGUGAUGGAACUGUCUGGGAUUCGUCCAUUCAGAGUUGUAAUCAUGCUUUUGCUGUACCACAUUGCAAUCAGUCGAACGGUAUAGCUACAAAUGAACCUGAUAUAUCAUUAAAUGAAAUAGAUGGUACCAAUAAACCAGACAUAAAUAAAUUACCAUCUUCUGGAAGCUCUACUUAUUCAACAAUAUCUAUGAAGCCAGAAUCUUCGACUCAAGCUAUUAACAUUACAAAUAGUCCUACUGCAUCUCAGAUGAUAUCAGUUUCUUACUUGCCACCCAUUAGUAGUACAUAUUUGCCUUCGACAACACAAGUUACUGGAUCCAUUUCUUAUAUUUCUACUGCAACACAAAUGAUUAAUACUUCUACAUCUUAUUUGCCAUCUUCGACCGUUACUACCAGUACAGCAUCUGUUACAACUGAAUCUAUUUCAUAUUUGCCACCUUCAUCUCAAAAUGGAAAAUUAAAAUGUAUUAAAGAAGGCUUCUUUCCAAAUCCUGAUAAUUGUAAAAAAUUCUAUCGCUGCGUGCGAGAUCAGUCCGGAUAUCAAAAAUAUGAAUUCGAAUGUAGUCCUGGCACAGCAUGGGAUCAAUCUCUACAAACAUGUAAUCAUAUUCAACAAGUCGUUUCAUGUUCAACAAACAGUAAUGAAAUCGAUCAAAAUUUUAGUUCCAGUACUUCUAUAGUUCCUGUCAUGAGUACUUUUACAACUAUUGUUUCCAAUCAAACCAUUCCGACUACUUCGUCAUCUGUAAUUUUUACUGAAAGUACAAUUUCUACUAUUCCAAAUAAAGUAUCCACAGAAUCAACUACAUUGGAAAUAAAUAAAAUGGAGCUUUCAACAACAACCGUUGAUACAUCCAUUAGUACUAGUAUAAAACCUACUUCAGAAAAACCAGAAGGGAUGCAAGUAUUCGAAAGCUCCAGUACAAAAAGUCCAUCUUCAUCCUUGUCUACUUCUGAAUCAAAUAAAGAAUCUUUAUCUACUGAAUCAUACGUAUCCAAUUGUACGACACAAAAACCAAAAAUCAACACAAUAGUGUGCAACAAUGAAGGAUUUUAUCCACAUCCAAGUAAAUGCAAUAAAUUCUAUCGCUGCGUUAAUAACGGCAAUAGUUUCAACGUAUAUCACUUUGAUUGCCCAUCGGGUACUAUUUUUGAUCCUAGCAUUAACGUAUGUAAUUAUCCUGAAUCUGUUUAUCCCACGAGAGACAACAAUUGCACAAUUGAAGAUACCACUUCAAGUAAUGUUUCCAUGGAAUCUACAACUCAAUCUCCGGAAUUACCGGAGCAAGCCACAUCCAUAAAAGUAUCUACUACAAUUCAGAGCAUAACUGAGCAAACAGAAGAAAGUACAAUCACAUCUACAGAAUUUGGUGUAACUUCAACUAUGGAAAUUAUCUCAGAAGAAAGUACUACUUCUAGUGCAGAAUUAACAUCAAAUAUGCCAGAAAAUAUGGAAAAUAUGACAAAGUCUACAACUGAAUCAAAUAUUGGUAGCACUGAAGUCGUUACCGAUUCUAGCAUUUCUGAACAAAGUAGUAGCAAAAUGACAACUGAGAUUACAUCCACAGAGUUUGAAAUGUCUACGACAGAGUCUCAAGAACAGUCUACAUUAGAAUCUCAAGAACAAUCAACAGAGUCAAAAGAACCAUCCAGCACAGAAGCUCACGAACAAUUAACAACCGAAUUACAAGAACAGUCGACAAUAGUAUCUCAGGAACAAACAACUGAAUUAUCAACAACAAUGGAAUCAGUAGUGACAGCGCCUUGUUCUAUAGGCAAUUUAACCGAUGAUCAAAUAACUUUAAUUUGUCCGACUGGUUUUCGAAGACACCCAAAAUAUUGUAAUCUAUUUUAUCAAUGUACUUCUGAAAACAACAUGGAAAUCAAGAUACUUAUAUUAAAUUGUCCCGAAAAUACGAUAUUUGAUGAGAAAAAAAUUCAAUGUCUACCUGAAAACGAAAAUAGUCAGCCAUGCACAGGUACCAGAACAAGUGCUAGGUUUUACAGAAAAUUGGAAAACAAUGCUUUAUCAUCUAUAAAAGUAUCAUCAAACCGGCUUUGUCCAGAAGAAGGACAUUUUCCUUAUCAACAAGGUUGUAGUAAUACUUUUUACAAAUGUAAACGCAAUAGCAGGAAUAACCUAGAAGGAUAUCUCUAUAAAUGUCCGGAUAAUUUUGUUUAUUGGUCGGUCUCUAGAAGAUGUGAACGUGUAACACGCCUUCCAAUGUGUCCGCAUUUGUACAAAAAUAAAAUUGAUUGGAAUGAUCGAUGGCAAGUACCAAUCGAAGAUUUUAAUCUUUCUGCUAGAAUGUUACGCUUCUUUUAAUUGUGUAAUAAUAUUGUUUAAACUUUUAAAUAUGAACUACAAAUUUGUCAUAAAUGUCU